AAGGUAGACAGAAAAGAAAGGGGAGAGAGAGAAGAAAAAGAAGAGCUGGAAUCACAUGGACUUGUCUUUCCCUUGCUGGGUCCUCCAUUCUCUUCUUCUUACUUUCUCUUCCAUUCUCUUCUUCUCUCUUUCUUAGAUUCAUUCUUCUCUUCUUUCUUCUCUUCCUCCUCCUUCAACCAUGUCUGAGGAUAAGGAGAUGUCUACUUCUGUUAUCAAUGGGAACGAUUCCCUCACUGGUCACAUUAUAUCUACAACAAUUGGAGGCAAAAAUGGAGAGCCAAAACAGACUAUUAGUUACAUGGCAGAGCGUGUCGUAGGAACGGGAUCAUUUGGAAUUGUUUUCCAGGCAAAAUGCUUGGAAACUGGAGAGGCAGUAGCCAUUAAGAAGGUUUUGCAAGACCGAAGAUAUAAGAACCGUGAACUACAAUUGAUGCGUGUGAUGGACCAUCCAAAUGUGGUCACUUUGAAGCAUUGUUUCUUUUCAACUACAAGUACGGAUGAACUUUUUCUGAAUUUGGUGAUGGAAUAUGUUCCAGAAUCCAUGUAUCGGGUCUUAAAGCACUACAACAAUGCUAAUCAGAGAAUACCGAUCAUCUAUGUAAAACUUUAUAUGUACCAGAUCUUCAGGGGGUUGGCUUAUAUCCACACUGUUCCCGGAGUUUGCCACAGGGAUUUGAAACCUCAAAAUAUAUUGGUUGAUCCUCUCUCACAUCAAGUUAAGCUAUGUGAUUUUGGAAGUGCAAAAAUGCUGGUCAAGGGCGAAGCUAAUAUAUCAUACAUAUGUUCUCGUUUCUAUCGAGCUCCAGAACUUAUAUUUGGUGCCACAGAGUAUACUACUUCAAUUGAUAUUUGGUCAGCUGGCUGUGUCCUUGCUGAACUGCUUUUGGGCCAGCCGUUAUUCCCUGGUGAAAAUGCAGUGGACCAGCUCGUACAUAUUAUAAAGGUGCUUGGAACACCCACCCGGGAGGAAGUACGCUGCAUGAAUCCCAAUUACAAUGACUUCAGGUUUCCGCAAAUAAAAGCACACCCAUGGCACAAGAUCUUCCACAAAAAGAUGCCUCCAGAAGCUAUUGAUCUUGCUUCCCGGCUUUUGCAGUACUCCCCAAGUCUUCGUUGCACUGCGCUUGAAGCUUGUGCACACCCUUUCUUUGAUGAACUUCGAGAACCCAAUGCUCGCCUGCCAAAUGGCCGUCCUUUUCCCCCUCUUUUCAACUUCAAACAGGAAUUAUCAGGGGCAUCUCCAGAGCUUGUUAACAAGUUGAUACCUGACCACAUAAAGCGGCAAAUAGGACUACAAUUUGUCCAAUCAGUCGGAUCAUGAUGAUAAGCAAUAGGGGGGACAGUGUAUACUAGUCGAUAAGUUAAAACAAAAGUGGCACCAUUAUUUUUGUCUAAGUUAUCAUGCUCUGUGGCCUGGCCAGUGUAGUUUCACGCUGAACCCGGACCGAAACACAGGUUGCUGGAUGGCUGCAGUUGAUCCCUCAAUAUAUGUGUAUACCUUUUGACUCUAUCUUGCUUCAGGGGAAUCUAUAUUUUUCCCCAAAAGAAUAGCUUUUUCCCUUCAAUGUUGUUGUAAAAUGUCUACAUGAUGUCAUGGUAUAGUUGGCCUAAAUUGGUCAGAAAAUGCUCUUGUGAGGGGAAAACCAAACCCUUAGCUGGAUGGUGGGUCCCAUAUAAACAAGAUGGGUCUUUGGAGUUUUGAUGAUGGUAUUGAUGUUGGUUGUUGGGGUUUGGUUUUCUUAACUCUUAUCAUGUUAAUAUGUGCUUGAUUUCUUUGCAAUGUUGCCAGACGAGCUACCUUCCUUGUCAAAUGUAAUAUGAUAUCUGUUCCUUUUAAAUAUGCUACCUUCUAGUGUUUCACA